AUGUCAUCUAUCUCAACUAGACGAUUGUCCAUUAUUGGAUCUCGGUUAGAACAACAGACUAGAUUGCUUACCCCAUACAUAGCAACCCAAAGACGAUCAGCAUAUAAUCAGCCUCCACAAACUCCACAACAACAACAACAGGAAUUCGAGAAACAGCAAUAUGAUCAAUUAAUGAAAGAACAAUUCAUCAGAUCGACUUUCCAGAAUGGAAUACCCACAACGACAGCUGAAUCUAUGGAACGUAAUCGAAUGCCAUUCAGGACAAUGGCAAUGUUAUUCUUGGUAUCUAGUUCCUUAUCUAUGGUGGCAUAUGUUGUAAUUCAAUAUAUUAAGUUCCAGGAUGAGGAAGAAGAGAUAGGUGUGCAUGGAAAUGGCCAAAUACAUAAGAUUAAAAGAAGUCGAAGGAUUUUUUUACCAUUGUGGAUUAAUACUCAAUUCUUUUAUACUAAAAAAUAUGGAUAUCCUAAAGGAUUAAGUUAUUUUGAUCAAGAUUAUUAUAAUUAUAUUUUGGUAGAAAUGGAUCAAUUGAAAAAUAAAACUGGAAAUGAAGAUGAGGUUAAGAAUUAUUUUCGAAUUUUAGAAGAAGAUAAUGUUAAAUAUACUGUUCUUCAAAAAUUAUCAUCCAAUAGUAAAGUAAAACAAAUCUUUGGACUUCCAUUAAGUGUUGAUACUAUCCCUGAAAGUCCUGAUUUUAAGAUCUGGAUUGAGACUGAAUUCCCUAGUAUAUCAGGGAUUCAAAUAGAUAUAACCAGUGCUCGCAAUGAUGGUACGAAUUCACGUAAUACGGACAUAGAUGUAUCCUGGAAGAUCAAGCCAAUAAAUACACGAUCGAUAGCCAAUAAUGCAUUGAUACAAUUGGGAUUGAAGCUAGAUCGACUCGAAUCAUCAAAUGCUCAGAUUAAAACUCAUGAGAAAUCGAGUGGGAAAGUCCAUGAGAUGAAAUUGGAGAAUGAAAACUUGACUUUAAAUAAAACUAGAGAUUAUAUGAUUCAUUUUUCGGGGAAGUUGAUGAUUAAGGAUAAGCAUCAUUUGAAGUCUGGGAUAUUGCAGUAUAAAGGGGUGAUUGAUUUUGAUCAUUUGAUGAUAAAUAGAGGAGUAAAGAUAUGUUGUAUGGAUUUGAUAACUGAUAAGGAAGAUAAUCCCAAAGAAAAGAUAACUUAUCGAAUCUUAUAA